AUGCGGCCGACUGGGCCAUCUCGCCUGGCACAGCCUAUAGAGCCCUGGUUGACCUUUCCCAACCUAGAGCAGGUCAAACGAUUUAGAUUUUGGCUGCCGCCACUUCAGUCGGUCGUACGAAUCACGGUGACUGUUCGCAAUGAGGAUGAACGUCUCGCAAUAAAAGCUCUCGGGAUCGACUAUAAGCAGCAUAUCAUUGAGGACACUGAUCCAGAUCUUGAGCUGGCUAUAUCUUAG